AAGUUUGAUACUCGCUUGAAAAUUGCAACCAUUAUGGUGCAGUUCUGUGAGGAAGCUGAUGAUGAUUCAGGAUUAACAUUCUGGUCUUACGUCGUUGAUGCUCUGCUGGUUUUAGGAGAUGGCGGAAUGUCGGACGAGGAAAGUGGAGAGGAGGAUGUGGUCAUAGAUGGGGUCAACACCAAACAGGAUGUGAAGAAAGUGACAGUUCUCUGGUUUCGACACGAGACCUUUGAACCCAUAUUCAAGCAGGUUGAUGAGACACCCAAAGUCGAACUCAAAAUCUUCACCCAACAAGGUCGAUUGUCUGUCAAACGAAUCCGUUCAAACAUUAUCGACAAGCGGGAUCCGCCUAAAGGCUUACCCCAAGACAUUUUUCGACAAGAAUAUUUGGAUGGUCUGUUCCCUUAUCAGAGGAAACAGUUUCGAAUCUUGACAAAGAAACGGUUCCCAAUUCCAACAAUGAACUAG